AUGGACUUCCUAUCUGGACUGGUAGAGGUGGGGCUUUACGGAUCCAAGUCCAGCACACUCUUCGCUGGUGCGGCUGGCAACGAGACCAUCGACCGGGAGUGGCUAGAAGAAAAUCGAAAUAGCAAUACACUAAAGGUCUCACUUGAGCAGUCCAGCUUCGACAAUAACCAGUCAAAAACGACAAUACUAGCGGUACUAAUAGGAAUGGAACAACACAUAUUGUUGCAUGCUAGUGUACCGUAUGAGUAUAGGGUGGUAUGGAACACUAUGUGGGAGACACUUAUAAUAGCAGGGCCGAGCGUUUAUAGUCACGACUGGCGCUAUGGUCACUGGCUCGCCAAAGAGGAGCGUGCCCCGAAAGCUGCGCCCAGAUGUAUCUCGAGGAUGCAGCACAAGCAGGCAUCGAUGAACGUACGGCUUCGGCAUUCGCACACACCCCUGCAACAUUCGGGGUCUUGA